GGCGGAUAGUCAACUUCCGCAGGAGGGAGAUUUCAGAUUUGCACAUUCACAUGAACCUCAUGAGGAAAUAGAAACGAAGUUGAACUUAAAGUUCGAGACGUGACAUUUAAAGAAUAGCCUCACGUUGUCCCGUCUCCACCUGAUUCUGCAGGUCUGCACGCGGACACAGAAGCGCUUUGACUGACAUCGGAAACAAACAGUCCACUUAAGAUGACCUCUGCAAACCCCGCGGAUGAUGACGACACCUUUAAGAUCCUGCUUGCGACAGACAUCCAUCUGGGCUACCUGGAGAAAGAUGCCAUCAGAGGAGAGGACACUUUCAACACCUUCAACGAGAUCAUGAGCUACGCCAAACAACACCAGGUUGAUUUCGUGCUGCUGGGGGGAGAUCUGUUCCAUGAGAACAAGCCGUCCCGUAAAUCGCUGCACUGCUGCAUGGAGACUCUACGCCGCUACUGCAUGGGGGAUCAGCCAAUCAGCUUCCAGAUACUCAGUGACCAGGCUGUCAACUUUGGACACAGCAAGUUCCCCUGGGUGAAUUACCAGGAUGAGAAUCUUAACAUCUCCAUACCCGUCUUCAGUGUACAUGGAAACCAUGACGACCCUACAGGGGCGGACGGCCUAUGUGCUCUCGAUGUCUUGAGCGUUGCCGGGUUGGUUAACCAUUUUGGGCGGAGUCAGUCGGUGGAGAAGGUGGAGAUCAGCCCAAUCCUGCUGCAGAAAGGCUCCACACACAUCGCCCUCUACGGCAUUGGCUCCAUCCCUGAUGAAAGACUCUACAGGAUGUUCGUUGGUAACCAGGUGUGCAUGCUUCGCCCCCGUGAGGAGGAGGGAAGCUGGUUUAAUAUGUUUGUCAUCCACCAGAAUAGGAGUAAGCAUGGUGCUACUAACUACAUUCCGGAGCAGUUCCUGGACGACUUCCUGGACCUGGUGGUGUGGGGCCAUGAGCACGAGUGCCGCAUCGAGCCGGAGAGGAACGAGCAGCAGCUCUUCUACGUCACACAACCAGGAAGCAGCGUGGUGACCUCACUGUCACCGGGGGAGGCUGUGCCAAAGCACGUUGGGCUGCUACGCGUGCGUGGGCGUAAGAUGCAGAUCCAGAAGAUUCCUCUGCAGACGACGCGGCGGCUCUACUUGCAGGAUGUGUGUCUGGGGGACCUCACACACCUGUUUAGCGCCACCACACCCAACGCCACCCAGCGUGCACAGGCCUUCUGCCAGGAGAAGGUGGAGGAGAUGCUGGAGGAGGCUGAGCGGGAGCGUCUAGGUAAUCCCCAAAUGCCUGAGAAACCCCUUAUACGCCUACGAGUGGAUUAUAGUGGAGGUUUUGAAGUGUUCAAUGGAACCCGUUUCAGCCAGAGGUUCGUGGAAAGAGUCGCCAACCCUAAAGACAUCGUCCACUUUGUCAGGACAAAGCAACGCAAAGAGGACAACAAGGAUGAAGAUGAGGAGCUGGACUUUGAGGCUCUUCUCAGCAGAGCAUCAUCUGAUCAUCUGACUUUGCGUGUGGAGGACCUGGUCAAUGAGUACUUCCAGGCAUCAGAGAAGGGCCUGUCCCUCCUCUCUGAGCAGGCCAUGGGGAAGGCUGUGCAGGAGUUUGUGGAUAAAGAUGAACGCUACGCCAUCGAGGAGAUGAUCAAAUACCAGCUGGAGAAGAGCCAGCAGCACCUCAAACACCGAGCAGUGGAGCCCACCAUGGAGCACAUCGACCAGGAGAUUAACCGCUUCAGAGACUCCAAGAAAAACACAACAGAAGAGGAGCAGGACGUACAAGAGGUCAUGAGCAGAGCAAAAGCAUUGCGUACCCAAAACGCUAGUGAUGAUGAGAAGCAUGAAAAUCUCGGCCUAUCAGACGGGGCGGAUGUUGCCAUGGACAGCGAUGACGAGCCCUCCACAGCUCCGCCCACAAGGGGAAGGGGGCGUGGCUCUAGAGGCAGAGGCCAGAAAACAACAACGAGAGGGAGAGGUACAGGUGCCUCAGGGCGUGGUGGUCGUACCCAGAAUGCACCUCUUCAAAGUCCUGUCAAGACCAAACACAUCAUGGAUGCUUUUCAGAGGCCGUCUAGAGCUGCAGCCACCGCCAAACGAGACGAGGUGAUCAUUGAUGAUGACUCUGAUGAAGAGAUCUCUUUUGUGAAGUCAAAGCCUAUAAGGACUACCUCUGUGACAUCAUCACGUGGACGGAGCUCACAGAGUCAAAGUCAGUCUCAGAGAGGAGUGUGUUUCGAUGAUGAUGAGGAUGAGUUUGAUCCGUUUAAGAGUGGCAGUAGGCGGGGUCGGUGAUAGCCACACCCACUGCAGUAGGCCCCAGUUUCAGAGGUUUCUAUAGAGACGGCACCAGCGUGUGUGUGUGUUCAUGUUUCUAUAGCGACAGCACUUCAGUGUGUGUGUGUGUGUGUGUUCUACAGCACUUCAGUGUGUUUGUGUGUGUUCAUGUUUCUCUUCUUCACAUGUUCCAUGUGUGUAUGUCAGACACUAAAGACUUUGUACAACAUCAAA